GCAAUCAAAAUAACCCAUAAAACCCAACCCUAAAUCUCUCUCAACUCUCAAAGUCUACUGCCGCCCUCCCCUCCCCCAUUCCGCCUCUACGUCACUCGUCUGGUGCGCCUCCCGCCGAUCGUGCUCCACGCUGUCAACGUCGUUUCUGCGUUCGGUUCCUGCUCUUCUCCGCCGCUUCCUCUGCUCCAGUCUUGCUAUCCGGUGCUGCUCCUCGCCGCGUCCUCGGUCACUGCAGAACAUGGCUUACUAUAAGAUAUCUCAUGUUGAUGGUCGGAUUACUAAUCCUGAACAACGAAUUGCAAGUGAUGUGCCAAGAUUUUGUUCAGAGUUGAGUGAACUGGUACAGGAAGACCUGACAGCAGUUACUGAUGGCCUUCUCUAUACUUGGCGCCUGUGCUCUUAUGCUAGCCCAAAAUAUAUUUUUUGGAUAUUGGCCUAUGUGUUGGGAGCAGGGACCUGAUGCCUCUACUUUGGGAAGGGCAACAAUGUUAAGCAACUUAAGAUAUCACACCAGUGUUAUUAUAUCACUAUUUCAGUCCUUGGGAACUCUUUCUAUAAGUUCAAGGCGACUCAAUUGUCUCAGUGGUUAUGCUGAUCGCAUUCAUGAGUUAAUAGUAAUAUCAAGAGAGCUAAACUCUGAAGAUAAAACAUCUCUACAAAGAAGUGGAAGUAGGAACUACUUCAGUGAAGCUGAUUAUGUGGAGUUUUCUAAGGUCAAGGUUGUUACCCCAACUGGUAAUGUUUUGGUGGAAGAUUUGACUCUUAAAGUUGAAUCAGGAUCUAAUCUGUUAAUUACAGGUACUAAACCUGGAGAAUAUGGACAAAACCAGGCAUUGGAAAAUCGUGGGCUGUAGCGCAUACACGGGAGGGGCUGCUUGAGGGAUUUGAUUGGUUGGUUCAGGACAUGAUGAUACCUUAGGAUCUAGUCAACAUUAAGCAAUAGAGUUAGGUUUUUUUUAUUGGCCCUCUCAGAGAACUGAUUAAGGUCUAUUUGUACUGUUUUAUUAACUAUCUUAUUGUUGUGGAAUUUAGUCAAGCUGUGAAACUUUUUGGGUCAAUAGUAUUAUUAAAACUUUCAAUGGGAAGUUUGGGUCAAUAUUAGUGACUAAUCAGCAAUAAAAGCAAAUUAAAUAACAAAUAUUUUUUUGAUUUUA